UACUGCCAACAUGUCAAACUCCUCGGUUUGUUGUGCUUUUGAGCCCACCGUCUUACACCAAUUUCUACCCCCUAUACUUUAUAUAGAAUUCAUUUUUGGCCUCACGGGGAAUGUUCUGGCCCUUGCCAUGUUUGCUUUCCACAUGGAAAGCUGGAAGCCGAAUUCCAUCUACCUGGCACAUCUAGCUGUGGCUGACUCAAUGGUGCUGGUCUGCCUGCUAUUCAGAGCUGACUACUACACCAGGAAACAGAAUUGGAUCUUCGGAGAUGCCUUCUGCCGCAUCCUGCUCUUCCUCCUUGCAGCCAACAGGGCCGCCGGAAUCUUCUUCCUCACCGCUGUGGCUGUGGACCGUUACCUGAAGAUUGUGCACCCAUUACACCGCAUAAAUCGGAUGAACCUGAGCUACGCCAACUGGGUCUCUGCAGGCCUAUGGGCGAUUAUUGUAGCUAUGACAGGAUACUUGCUGGGCUCACCACACUUUUUCAAAGUCGGCAGCCUUGUCCAGUGCGAGAGCUUCAACAUAUGUUUGGACAACAGUCCACUGUCAAUCUGGCACAAUACUUUCUAUGUGAUGCAGUUCUGCAUUCCAGGUAGCAUCAUCAUCUUCUGCACAGCCUGCAUUACAUGGCAGCUGAAAACCAAGACCAUGGACACCACAGGCAAGGUCAAGAGGGCUGUCCAGUUCAUUUUCGUCGUCGCCAUGGUCUUCCUCAUCAGCUUCUUUCCAAGCACUGCUUCACGGGUCGCUGUUUGGGUCCUGAAGGCCUGGUACAGCGAGUGUAAAUACUUCUUUGAGGCAAAUCUAGCAUUUUAUACUUCAGUCUGCUUCACCUAUUUGAAUAGUAUGCUAAAUCCUCUGGUUUACUACUUUUCCACUCCUGCAUUCAGUGGUGUCAUACAGAAAUUUUUCAGGAGACUCACAGGGCAAAAGGAAGAACCUCCCUCAGAGAAAAGCAAUGUGUCUACAGUAACAAGCGAUUAAAGUAGACAAGCAAAAUGCGUGAAAAAAUGCUGUUACCUGAUGCAUUUUGUUAUAGUGAGCAUUCAAAUUGCUAUGAUGUGUAACUGUCAGCAGUUCAUAGUUCUAUUUGCUUAAAGACAAAGAAAUAAUAACCAGGGGGUUUCAAUACUGUACAAUUUGCCUGUUUGGUGGGAGAGAACAAAUGGUAGGAAUAAUGACUCUUUAAAACACUUCAUUAAAAUGAUAAAGAAAUUCUGGAUGAGUUCAGCAUCAUGUGGCAUCUGAAUUCAUAUUGACUUGCAAAGUGUCUGUAUGGCAAGCUUAGCAUCAGUGAGACAGUUUACAUAUUUUGUCAUUUAUGUAAAUCUUAUUAUUAUUAUUAUUAUUAUUAUUGAAAUAUGAGUUUAAAAAUAUUGCCUUUACCUAUUGAAAAAUGUCUGUUCCAAUGUAAUAAGGCAUGAGGUGACUUAGCACCACUUGUGAAAGGCUGAUCAUUUAAGAGCUCGCUUAUUAACUCUGUAGGAGCAUGUAAACAAAAAUUGUAAUCCAGCAACUUUGUUGAAAAGAAAUAGCUGUAAUAUGACACAUAAAUUUGUGCUUAUUUCACUUGUACACUUAGUACAACUUGUAGUUGUUGUUCUUUCAGCUGCUCCCUGUUCGUGGUCGCCACAGCAGAUCAUCUGGUCCGCAUAUUUGAUUUUGGCACAGGUUUUACGCCGGAUGCCCUCCCUCAUGCAACCCUCCCAUUUUAUCCGGGCUUGGGACGGGUACUGAGAGUUAACCCCUCAGUGGCUGGGUUGGCUCCCCCUAACCCAAACCACUAGCGACCAGAGUACAAUGUAGUAUGAGUGUUAAUUAAUAGGCUGUUCACUCUACAAAUGUGCAGCAACACUAUAACAUACUUCUACAAUAUACUUUGCUUCUCAAUGGAUUCUUGUAUAAUGACAACAUGAAAAAAAAAAAAAACUCUUAUUCAAGACGUCUCCAGUAUAGGUUUAUAAUGCAAGGGUCAUACUAUACAUACUACAACAUAUAAAGUUAUUAGCUUUUGUUUGAAAUUGACAAUUUGCUGUUAAUGAUUUUCUUUGCUGUCUCAUAAAAAGCCCUAUUAAACCUUUU